AUGGAUGGUUAUGGAGGAACGGGCUCUUGGCCGCAUAUCGUUUGGCAGCAUAUUGAUUCGUGCCCAGGCCAACCAGUGGGUGUUAGAGUGCGCUUCGACAGUGGUAUCACCGGCUUUAUUCCAAAUAAAUAUUUGUCCGAUCGGCCUGAUUCGUUUGUGGAUCCGGGCGAAAGAGUUCGGCGUAAUCAGCCUGUUUACUGCCGAAUAUUGGAAUUGGAUCCGGACAAAUUUUCGGCAACGUGUUCGUGCCGUUCUUCUGAUCUCAGAGGUCUUCAGCCACAAAACAGCGAAUAUGAUCGAUAUUUUGACAGGCAAGCGUGUCAGGUAACUGGUGUUUCAAGCUUGCGAAAAAUAUACGUUUUUCCAUUUUUUGAUAUUGUUGCUUUGCUUACUGAGAUGCACUUGUUUUACAGGAGGACGAUGAAAAGGCCAGAAAAUUAA